AUGGAUGAACCAAAGCUGGACAGCCUGCCGCCUCAGGCCGUUGCGGCGCUGGAUGCCGAUCCAGUCUCAGCUUCGGGGCCCGGCUCAGAAUCAACACAGGAGGACUCAGCACCCCAGAACCUCAUGCAUUCUCUGCCCGUCACCCCAGCGCUUGCCACCAGCAACCCCCUCGCAGACUCUUCGCAACCAGGACCUGUUUCAAUUGCGCCCGCUAUGUAUCCGGCAACCUCAAACGCCAGCACCCAUCCUGCUCCGGGUGGAAGUCCUGCGACCUGCCAGAACUGCGAGACGCACACCACCCCGCUAUGGCGACGAGACGAGACCGGUGCAGUUCUCUGCAACGCCUGCGGCCUCUUCCUCAAGCUCCACGGCCGGCCCAGGCCCAUCUCGCUCAAGACGGACGUAAUCAAGAGUCGUAACCGCGUCAAGACAAUACGGCCCGACCUCGCCAAGCAGAAAAAGGCACAGGCGCAAGCACAACAACAGCACCUGGCUCAAGCAGGUGACAUGAACGGCGCAGACCUCGGCGCUGUAAACGGUGCCCGUAGGGCCUCGCAGAAAUCAGCCAAUGGAGUCUUGGACGACACACACUCUCCGAUUUCCCGGACCGGCACGCCCACCCUCUAUGCCUCGCACAUAGCCCCCAUGUACCAGAACCUUGAGGACCAGUUCCAGGCCCAACAGUUAUCCGGGUUUGGGGGACCCGACGGCCGUGCCCCAUCGCCUUUGAACGGCGACCGCCUCGAUAUGCCGCAGACAAACGAACAGAUUCUUGCGACCAAUGCGAGCUUGAAGACGCGCGUGAGCGAACUCGAAGUCAUCCAGGAACUGUACAGGGGAAGGAUCCAGCAGCUUGAGCAAGAGGAAGCGAACCGACAGGCGCAAGAGAAGAGCAAGUCCGAGGCCAAUGAGCAGCUUCACACACAGCUCAGUGUCAUGAACGAGUCGCAUGCGCAGCUGCAGAAGGAACUCGAGGAGAGCCACAGAAGAGAGAACAUGCUCAAGCGAAGGCUCGACGAGCUCGAGGUUGAGCUUAAAGAGGCUAAAGAGUCGCUUGAGGUCCAGGACAACAGCCGUGCUAAAAAGCCCCGUCUCAACGACGCUGCUCCCACCCCAGAGGAGGCAGCAUUGGCCUCCCUGCCGGAGUCAUAG